AUGUCUUUCGCUACCUUCUUCUCGACACUCUAUAAUUACCUUGUCAAUGAAGUACUUGCGGGCUACUAUAACCUCCACUUCCGCCGAACUAGGUCACAACCCAAGCUCCGACCACUCCCACCGCACAUCUCUCGCCACUUCAUCCCCAGCCUAUCCUCAGCCGAGGGUCGGCUUGGUCAAGACUACCGACUCGAGCUUCUGGUCUGCUCGGCAAGCAAUCCAGACCCAGAUGCCUACCCCAUACUAUUCCAGCACGGUGUUUUCGGCCACGCCUCCGUCUGGCUUGAGUGGAUGACUUGCCUGCGCGCACACAACUACAGCGGCACGACUUAUGCUCUUUCCCUCCGCGGUCACGGCGCUAGCUGGCUGCCUAGCUCCUGGUUUGGAAUGGUCUGGGGCGUGACACACCAGGACAUGUGCGAUGACUUGCUCGCUGGCAUCAACGCUGUUCGCGCAUUCGAGUCGGGACGGCCGCCAGUCCUCGUGGGCCACUCUGCUGGUGGCGAACUCGUCCACCCUCGGACUGAUCGGAAGUAUUCCUCACUUCGGCGCCGACCCAUCUUCGACAAUUGGGCUAGGAUGGAUCCUUUGGUCAAUCUGCGUCUAGUGCUGCAUGCCUUGCAUCCGAAGAGUAACAUCUCCACGCCAGAGCUGAUGAGAAAGGCUUACUUCGGAUUGGAUACUAAGCUGGAGGAUGUGGAGGAGUUUGGGAGAUGGGCACCGGACUAUGAAGCUAUGCGGUGGCCGUUUGCGACACUGGGCAGAAAGGACGGUACCGGAGUGUUGAGAAGGACGGAGGCUGCAGAUGUGGUGCCUAAUAUCACGGAUGACGGAGGCCGCUAA